AUGUCUAAAACAAUCCAAGUCUCCCUCACCACUCUCGCCAAAACCAUCGACCACUCCCUCCUCCACCCCACCUUCACCGACGCCGAUGUCCUCGCCGGCAUCCAACUCGCUAAAUCCUACAAUGUCGCUACAGCCUGUAUCAAACCCUACCACAUCCCUCUCGCCAAAAAGGAACUAUCCGGCUCAUCUGUCCUAAUCUGCCCUGUCAUCGCCUUCCCGCACGGUAACAGCACCACAGAAGUCAAAGUCUUCGAAGCCAACGCUGCAGCCGAAGCCGGCGGGCAAGAAAUCGAUAUGGUCGUUAACAUCGGAAAAGUCUUAAGCGGGGAUUGGGAGUAUGUUACUUCUGAGAUCCGACAGAUCAAUGAGGCUGUUACAAAGCACGGAGCGAUUUUGAAGGUAAUCUUUGAAAAUGAUUAUCUUCAGGAUGAACAUAUUGUCAAACUGUGUAAGAUAUGUUCGGACCUUCAGGUCGCUUUUGUGAAGACGUCGACUGGAUAUGGUUUUGUUAAGCAGAGCGAUGGGUCUUAUAACUAUAAAGGUGCUACGCCGCCGCAUCUAAAGAUCAUGAGGGAACAUUCGGCACCUGAGGUACAGAUCAAGGCGGCAGGGGGUGUAAGAACAUUAGACGACUUGUUAUAUGUUAUGUCAUUGGGAGUCACAAGAAUUGGGGCCACGGCUACAGCAGCGAUUCUAGAGGAAGCGAAGCAGAGGGGAAUCGGUGAGGAGUUAGUUACUGUGGAAGUUAAAGUGCCUGGUGGGCUUGGAGGCGGGUAUUAG